GCGCCGCGCCUCGCCUCGCCUCGCUCUCCGCUGCUGCCGGGCGGGGCCGGCGGGCGCCACGCGGUGACCUUGGGCAUCCCCGCGCCUGCUGCCGCCACCCGGGCCUGCGGGCCGCUCCGCUCCGCGCCGCGCCGGGCCGGGCCGGGCCGGGCCGGGCUGGGCAGCACGGACCGGUCCUGAGGGAAAGCCCGGUGAAGACGAGGCCUCCAGGAAUGCAACGGGCGUGAUGGUGGCAUCCUUAUUAUUAAUAAUAAUAAUAGUAGGAAUAAUGAUUGUCAUGGUAUAACAAGCCCGUUUUAAUCUAAGUAAAUAGAAAUUACAGUGGUGCUGAAACUGAAGGACAACUUUUAAGUUCCUUCGUGCAGUAUUUUGGUGAUAGCUUUGAGAGGAAAGUUAAAAGAAUGCCAUUAUUAGAAGAAACCACUCUGCCUGGGGACCAACUCCUGACUCUGCCAAUUGUAAUAAUAGGGAAUGGACCUUCAGGUAUUUGCCUUUCUUAUAUGCUGUCUGGAUACAGGCCAUAUUUGUCUCCUGAAGCUAUACAUCCAAAUCCCAUUUUGCACAAUAAAUUAGAAGAAGCUAGGCAUCUAUCUAUUGUUGAUCAAGAUUUGGAAUACUUGUCUGAAGGACUUGAAGGACGCUCUUCUAAUCCCGUGGCAGUACUUUUUGAUACACUGCUUCAUCCAGAGGCUGACUUUGGAUAUGACUACCCACCAGUUCUGCAUUGGAAGCUAGAACAACAUCACUAUAUCCCACAUAUAGUGCUUGGCAAAGGUCCACCUGGUGGGGCUUGGCAUACAAUGGAAGGCUCCAUGUUGACGAUCAGUUUUGGAGACUGGAUGGAGUUGCCAGGACUCAAAUUUAAGGAUUGGGCAGCUAGUAAACGGAGAAAUAUAAAGAGUGACAGAGUAAUGCCAGAGGAAAUAGCUUGUUAUUACAAACAAUACGUUAAGGUUAUGGGUCUCCAGAAGAACUUCAGAGAUAACACUUACAUAACAUCUGUGUCAAGACUUUACCGAGAAAAGGAUGAAGAUGAAAGCCAACUAAGUGAAAAUAUUUCAACUCGGCAUUUGCAGGAGGAAGCAGAAGAUGGACAGGAACCAUUGAUCAAAAAAAACUGGGAAGUCAGAGGUUAUCAUAGAGCAACAGAUGGUUCACAUGUACCCUUCUGCCUCUUUGCUGAGAAUGUGGCACUUGCAACUGGAACCUUUGAUUGUCCUGGCCGACUCCUGGUUGAAGGAGAAGAUUUUCCCUUUGUGCUUCAUUCGAUGUCUGACUUUGGAGCUGCCAUCAGCAAGGGGAAACUACGUGAAAAAGUAGACCCAGUCUUAAUUGUGGGUGCUGGACUCACAGCAGCUGAUGCAAUACUGUGUGCGUACAAUAACAACAUCCCUGUAAUGCACGUGUUCCGCAGAAGGGUUACCGAUCCAGGUCUAAUUUUCAAACAACUACCUAAAAAGCUUUAUCCCGAAUACCAUAAAGUCUACCAUAUGAUGUGCACUCAGUCACAUACUGCGGACUCUAAUAUGCAUUCUGCUUAUACCAGUUUCCCUGAGCACCAUGUACUUUCCUUCAAGCCAGACACGAAAUGCAUCCUUCAGAGUGCCUCUGGAUUGAAGAAAAUCUUAAAGUUCUCCAUAGCUUUAGUUCUGAUAGGUUCUCACCCUAAUCUUUUCUUUCUAAAGGACCAAGGGCAGUGCGUAGGUCAUAAUUCAAACCAACCAAUCACAUGCAAGGGUAAUCCUAUUGAGAUUGAUCCAUAUACUUAUGAGUGCACUAAAGAAAAUAAUCUCUUUGCAUUGGGCCCUUUGGUUGGAGACAAUUUUGUACGUUUUUUAAAAGGAGGGGCACUGGGCAUUACACGAUGUUUGGCAAUAAGACAAAAGAAGAAACAUCAACUAAUUGUUGAAGGAGGUGGUGCUGAUGGGGUGCCCUAAUAAACCAAGCAGUGAUAUAAAACUUUUGUAUAUGGAAUCACAGGCAUACUCUGACAAGCAACUCAUUGACAGCUAAAGCCAUUAGCAGCCACACUUUUGUGAUGUAAUACAAGUGUGGAGAACUUGUGUACCUAGUAGAGGAUGCUGAUGCUACAAUACUUUAUCCUUUUGAAAACACAAAAAUUUGGUCUGCUCUCUUAAUUGAUCUGUAUGCAACUGGAAUUGCUUCCAGAUAAAGAACAAAUGAAACUAACGUCUUUUGCUCAUACAAGUACAAACUUAUUCUCUGGAAAUAGAGCAUCUGGCCAGGAGCUGCUUUUUAUUCUAGUGUCAAAAACUCAACAAAAACUAUUCCCAUCUUGAAAUUGUAGAUCUAAACCAAGCUGGAGAGGUUUUUUGCCCUUACUUAAUAUAAAUGGUCCGUGGUCUCAGUAAAUAUGAAGCAAUUCAUUCGGAACAAAGAUUUUUAUUUUGCCACAGUAAUAGUUUAUAUACCUUUCUUGAGCAUUAAGCAAAUUACCUUUUACAGUAAACAGGAUUUCUACAAACAGAAAAACAUUUGACUUGAGAAUUAUAAAUCAUAUCAAUCUUAAUUCAGUACUGGGAUAAAAGAGCAAGCAUUCCUUUAAUCUUAAAUGCAUGAUUUGACAAUUCACCAAUAUGUUUGUCAAGGGUAUGCCCGCACUUCUUGAAGUGCAGAAAGGCCAUAACAUAGGGAUUUCGGAGAUCUGUUCUCUAUUAAAGUGAUAUGUAAUUUUCCAAGAAUACUCUGGUUUACAGUAAAACAAAAAAGUGCUGAUGUAAGUGCUCUUACUACAGUGUCAGCAUAAUGAAUGGCCAAUGUCUUGUUACAAAAAAAAAAAGUGUGGUUGAAAAGGCAGUACACCAAGUGAUUACAAAAUUUAUAAACCACCUUCUUAUCUUACAGCUAAGGAAGACUGAAUGGGAUCUCUUAUCUGGUGGAGAUGGUGGCAGAUACUCCCCCAUCACCUUGUGUCCAGUAUUGGCUCCUGUUUCACUUUCUCAGGCAAUACAUACAGUUAAAACCGUGACAUCUUUAGGCAUUUAAAUGUCCAUUUUAAAUACUACAUUUUAAAAUUCCCUAUAUGAAGUAAUAAACCUGGAGAAAACAACUCCUUUAAAACCAUACUCCACCUCUGACAAAGUUGCUAACUCAAGUUUUUGGAAGGUAUAAUCUAAGUUCCACAACUCGUGAAGGUGAGGUGUGGAGUCUGUCACACAUGCCUUUUGAAAAAUAAAUCAAUGUAAACACUAUCUAGUGGUGUUCAUUGUAGCUGGGAUUAGCAGUAGAUCAGUGGUUACUUGCCUAAUUAUGACAGUUGUCAUUUAGACUACAGACUAAAAGAGUCUUAGUUUAUCCAUCACCAGACACUUUUAAUUUGCAUCUAGCAUGUUUCCCAGUUCAGUCUGUUACAUUUUUUUUAUAGAUGUAUUGUAUUUUCUAAAUGGAACACACAGCAGUUUGGAUUAGAGAGACCAUUUUUCAUUAUUAAAAUGAAGCUCUGUAACUCAUCAAAAUGAUGAUCACCUCAGUGGAUGAAUUAUAAGAACCUGAACCAGAUACAAAGAGACCCCAACUACCUUAAGGUUAUGGAGCUUGUAUAGUGGAAAAUAUACAUAUUCUGCUGUUUCAGCCACGUGACUUUUGAUAAUUGCAUUAAUAUUCACACUUGUAAUGCCUCAUCUGUCUGUGCCUCCUAAAAAUACCUAUGCGUCUUAAUAAAGUUUUUCAGGAUCUGGAGCUUUUAUUGAAAGGAGAAAAAUUAAAUAUUGGGGCACACAAGUGUUAAAACCACAACAAAAAAUAUUCCCAUCUUGAAAUUAUAGGUCUAAGCCUAUAAUUUAAUUGAAAGCUAAAGAUGUCAUUCUGAGAACAGGCUAAUUUAGUUUAAGUCAGUUUGAUGUCAACUAUGUCAGUGAAACAAGUAGAUGAUUUUUUUAAAACAAUGCCUAUGUGGCUUGAAUUUUAGUCAUGUCUUGGGUCAUUACUAGUUGCAUAAGUCAUUUUCAUACUUGGAAAAUGCAGGGAUAUGACUAGUUUCAGUUAUGCUAACAUCUACUUUGUUUGACAUAACUAAGCAUGGAAUAGAGACUUCAAUAUUAUUUCAUUUUAGUAGAGGACUCUGGAGAUUUUGGUUUUGGUUCUACUACGUAAACUUUACAUAUUAGCUACACAUUAAAUCUUUUGUUAGAAAAUCUGAUUGUGCUUUUAACCAGUUCGGAAUAUUUUUAUGUGGUAAAGUCUACAAUUUUGUUGAUGUUCCUAACCAUAAAUGUUGGUAAGUCACAGCAUAACAUUGCAGCUAUAAAAAACAUUCCCAUCCUUUGUGCAAUUUUUUUUUACUUUUCAGUUUUAAAUGAAGCAAGGGGAUUAAUUUGUUCAGGAAAACAAAGCUGCAUCCUGAACUGUUGUAUCUAUUUAGACACUGUGAAAUUUACUGUGGUGACAAAAGUUUAAAGUACCAGUUCUUAUUCGGGCAUUUAUGAUAGUAUCCAUUAUUGUUGCUUUGGUGUGCCUCAGAGUUAAUUAUUUUCCUUCUAUCCCUGCUGUUAUUCCUUUGCAUAAAACUAAACUGUGAUGGGAAGUCAGUAGAUUGAACUGGUAUUUUUUGUCCACAUGUUUAGAAUUUGAAGAAUAACAGUUAGCUAGCCAGUAUGUAAAUACGCCUUUUUACUGACUGAUACAGUACUGAGGAAUCUUCCUUUUUUAUUGGGAACUGCCAGUCUUUGUAUUUGUAACUGGCCUUUAUCUACAUGAAAACAUGAGAUUUGUGCAAAUUGUUUUUUCAGAAGGACUUUUAAAAAAUUGAUAUUUGAAUUGCUGUUAACCAGUGUAGCAUUAACCUGAGUUAAUAAUUAAUAACCAGUUGAUGUAACUAUGAAUUAUGUAGAUCAGAUUCCUGAAAGGGAAGCAGUCUCUACUUCAUCCUUUUCUCCCACAACAUGAGUGAUGCUGCAUUCAGUAGACUGUUUAAUAGUUUAGAGUUAAAAAAUAUAGGUGGUAAGGUAAACCAGUGUCACUGACAAGUAGAUGUAGAAGAGAAUAACUGCAUUGCUAGCUUUAACAACUCUAUUUUAACUAUAAAUUUUUACAUGUUGUACUAAUAUGUUAACCAAAUAUUUGCAUUUUAUAGUAGACUAAUGAAAAAUAUAUUUUUUUAUUUGUCUUGGGUUCAGGAAUAAGUUAUAAUCCAAAGCACUACUGAACAUAUCACCUGGUUAAAUUACUGCUAAGAGACUUCUACAAAAUUGUGCGUCUCUUCAAUUAUCUCUAGCUUAAGAAUUGCCACAGCAGACUUGACCAGUGGUCCAUUCAGUAAAUGACUAUUUGACAGGGACCUAACUGUGCAAUAUUAAAUAUGAGAAAGAAAUGUCUUUUAGAUCCUAAUAGGUAUGUUGGCUUUUGACUUGAACCCUGGGGACUGACAAGCUACUAAAUUUUUUUUCUAGUGAUUAAGCUACAGAAGCAUUCAUUCUUAUAAAAAAGUGUAAUCUUUGAAUUCUGCCAAGGUAUUUCCCUGACUUAAGUACCUUAAGGCAUUGGGGGCUGGAUUCACAAAUGGAUUUAGGCAUUGCAGCACUUUAACUUUGUGUCCUUCCGCAUAGUAGAAUCACAGCCCCAAACUAGAAACCCAGGCUUCCUAAUACAUUGUAUGGAGAGUUAGAAGUCUUAGAAAAGGAUUUGCAGAAGCCUACAAGCUGAAUGGAGAGCUGCCUAAACUAGCUUGUACAAAAAUGCUGAGAUAUCCAGUCCCUGCCUCAAAGGUAGCUGGGUACCAGACUUGACUUAGGAUUCUGAACAGUAAAACUUCUGGAGUUAAGCAAUGCCAAUUAAAGCAGGAAUUUGAAUCCAGGUCUCUCUCACAUCCCAGAAGAGUAGCCCUUGCCAGCAAUCUAGUGGGUCCACUGGGGAAACUGCCUUUGCUGAUGAAGUUGCAUCAUAUUGUAUACACAAAUGGCUAUUAGAUCAGGAAUUCUGCUUCUCUCACCUCCCAGAUAAGUGCAGUAGCCCCUGGACCAGUACAGUUCAGUAGUGUUGGAAUUUGUGCAGGCAUAUCCACAAGCACAACUUCAGCAACUUGGGACCUUCACUGACAAACUCAAAUGCCUUGGGACUCCAAGUGCCUAGCAAGUUAGCAGCAGAGCAAGGGUUUUUAAGCUUUUAAGAUGAGUAUAUGUUGCAUAAUUUUAAAAAAUCCUUACCAAUGAAGAUGCAUACUGUUUUCUAGACUAGCAGCAGCUCAAGUGCUUAAAAGAGGAAUGCUAGAUCUGCCUCUGGCAACCUCCCCAAAACAGUUUAUGCAAACUUGUUUAUUGAAAUAGAGCAAGAAUGCUAUCAAAAUAGGAGACAGGCUUACAAUAGUGCAUACUACCCAGAGUGGAAGAAGAACUAGAUUUAGUAGGAGCUGGCUUUAAAACAGGUAAACUGAAUUCCUGUGUAAUAGAACGAAUGAAUGAAUGAAUAGUUCUUAAUACAAAAGAAGGGGCUUAAUAUUUUUUCCUCAUUCCCUUUACUGAUGGCAAGUAAAGAGCAGCAAGAAGUGCUAAAGGAGGGGGGAGCUCUGAAAGACUCAUUGCAAAGUUGUAGAGACUCCACUUCAAACAUAUCCUUAUAGCCCUUGUUGGCAGCAGCAAAAACAGAAAAUGGGUCAUCCUGUUGUUAUGGCAUCUCUUCUUCCUUGUCUACUCCCCCCACAGGGCUGAAGUGGUCUGUAUGGUACCAUAUUCCUUUAUGAAUGAGCCUGAGCAGCCUUUGGUUACUGGAAGCCUCCAUUUGUCUACUAAAAAAGGGAAGUCAAUUAUAAGAAAAGAUGUAGACUAUUUUGAGAGAACAUGGUGCUAAAGAAAUUAUCUGCCCUACUUAAUUUUAGUCUAUAAACUAUUUUAGAGUCCCAAUGACAGGUAAGACAUGCUUUCUUUUUUGUGGAUGUUUAUAAAUUUGUGACAACAAAAGGAAACAUGGUAACAGGACUGACAACAUUGACUUUUGGAAUAAAUCUGAGUGAUGUCUUAUAGCACUUUAUCCUGAAAAAGAAAAGUGUCUUACUUGAGUAAGUGCUGUAUAUACUAUUUGAUGCUCUUAAGCCAAAAUAAUGGCAAUUAAUGUGCUUUGACAGAAAAAAGACCCUGGUAACAUUAUGUGGUACUAAAAAGUAUGUUUCCCUUAAGGGAUCUGGUAAAUUUUUCAGGUGUUAUUACAUAGUGAUUGACAGAUGACAGAAAUUGGAGAGACUUUUGCAGGAAAGGUGGAGAUUGUUAUUUGCCUUGCUAUACUUAAAAACCAGCAAGACAUCAGCAGAAAACCUCAGAUCAGUCAAGAUGUGGGUUAGGUCAAGAGUAGAUUUGGGUGAGACAGCUUGAGUGGAUUGUCAGAGGAAUGAGGACCCAUCAAAUGGAUCAUAGAGCAAACAGAGAGGGGUCACAGAGCAAUGGGAGAGGGUAAUCACAAAAGCCAGUGGUUAUCAGACUCAUCUAGUGUGUGUUGCAUCAAAAAAGCCACCAGGAAGUGAAUAAAAGUGGAGCAGAGGUCCUUAUUUGUCUAGGUGGAGAUUAGAAUGGAGGGGAAGAAAUGGACUGGAGGAAGUAAAGAAUGGAGGUGCUAAUGAACAUAAACCUGCAUAUCAUUUGGUUUACAAGGUUCUUUGGGUGAAUCUGAUAUCUUUUAUUAGACCAACUUAAAUAGUGUUGGGUAAAUGGGUUUGGGGGAGAUCUUGUUUCCCCUAGCGCCCUCUGGGAUAACAAGGAAUAACGGCCACCAGUUGUUGGAGAAUAGGUUUAGAUUAGACAUCCAUAAGAACUACUUCAGUGUUAGGGCGGCUAGGAUCUGGAACCAACUUCCAAGUGAAGUGGUGAUGGCUCCUACCCUGGGGGUCUUUAAGAAGAGGCUUGAUGCCUACUUGGCUGGGUUCAUUUGAGCCCAGUUUUCCUCCUGCCCAGGCAGGGGGUCAGACUUGAAGAUCUACAAAGUCCCUUCUGACCAUACUUCUAUGCUUCUAUGAGUCGUAAAACAAUUAUUAAGCAAGCUUUUGGGUUCAAAAACCCUUUGUCAGGCUAAGGAAGUUUCAGCAGUUGGAGUGUGCUCUUCCUGGGUGGAAUGAAAAGUAAAGAAGCCAGAGGCUGGUCUGGUAUGCAUACAGAUUUGCAAAUGUAGAUUUUCACUGACUACCUGUCUUGUAUGCAUAACAGCCCAGCCUCUGGCUUCUUUACUUUUCAUUCCAUCCAGGAAGACCACACACCAACUGCAGAAACUUCCUUAGCCUGACAAAGGGUUUUUGAACCCAAAAGCUUGCUUAAUAAUUGUUUUCCAACUAUUUAAGUUGGUUUAAUAAAAGAUACUGGAUUCACCCAAAGAACCUGCCUGCCUACGUCCUUAGACCAACACGGCUACAACCUACACCCCUGUAUCAUUUGGUUUGGGAUUUCAGAGAAGGGAGAUAAUUGGAAAGGCAGCUGAAGGUAAGGGCAAGGUUUAAAAAUGAGGGAUACUACAAAUGCUCAUUGUGAAGGGAGGCCAGAGAGGUUGUAGAGGGCCAUGGAGGUAAAAGGAAGGACUAGAAAAGGACAAGAAACGUCAUUGUUAGGGAGCUGGAGGGAUCUUGUUAACUUCCUUUUAAAAGGUCAGCAUCUUGCAUCAACAUGGGAAAGAUAUAAAAAAGCAAGUUGGAAGCAAUGAAGAGGUUGCUUGGAUUAUAGCUCUGAGAUUAAGCGUGUCGUAUUUAUGAACAACUAGUACACUGCCCCUUUUUAAGAGGGAAACUUAGCUACUGCUUCUUGCUCUGUAUGCUCAGCUGAGUUGCUGAAUGCAGUGUGUAUUUGAAGUCUGGUUAAUAAAAGGUCUAUUUUUACCAUA